AAAAAAUGGCAGGAGGAGGUGAUCAUGGUAGGGAGUUGGAUCAAACACCUACAUGGGCAGUUGCUUUGGUCUGUGCAGUUAUUGUUCUUAUUUCCAUUUUAUUGGAAAAGGUUCUUCAUGCAGUUGGACAGACAUUCGAGAGAAGGCGAAAAGGCGCAUUGGUGGAAGCAUUGGAGAAGAUUAAGGGUGAGCUUAUGGUUCUGGGUUUUAUAUCGUUGCUUCUGACGUUUGGACAAAAAUACAUAGCCGGUAUAUGCAUACCUGAAAAGGUUGCAGACACGAUGUUGCCAUGUCCUGCCCAACAUGUCCAGCAUGCAGUUGUGCCUGGACAUGGAGGUGGACAUCAUGCACCUGGACAGGGUCAUCAUCAAGAUGCUGAUCAUGAUGAUGCAGGAGACCAUCAUCGAAGGCUUCUAUGGGACCAUAUUCGGAUAUUAGCAGCUGAUAGUCCUGCCGGAGCCUGUAAGCCGGGUAAAGUUCCAUUUGUAUCCAUCCAUGGUUUGCAUCAGCUACACAUCUUCAUAUUCUUUUUAGCCGUGUUCCACGUUAUUUACAGUGCCAUAACUAUGCUGCUCGGAAGAUUAAAGAUUCGAGAGUGGAAGGAAUGGGAAAAGGAAGUAGAGCAUGAUUACGAAGCAGCCAAUGAUUCCUCAAGAUUCAGGCUUACCAAAGAGACAUCUUUUGUUAGGGAUAAUACCAGUUUUGGGACCACCCCAGUCAUUUUCUACACUGUGUGCUUUUUUCGGCAAUUUUUCCGGUCAGUUAGGAAAGCUGACUACUUGACCAUGCGCCACGGUUUCAUCUCGGUCCAUUUAGCACCUGGAAGUAAGUUUAAUUUUCAAAAGUACAUAAAAAGAUCCCUGGAAGAUGACUUCAAGGUUGUUGUGGGUAUCAACUCAGUGCUAUGGCUUUCUGCAGUUAUUUAUCUUCUAGUGAAUGUCCACGGAUGGCAAGCUAUGUUUUGGCUGUCCAUACUGCCUCUAGUUAUAAUCUUAGCAGUUGGGACAAAGCUUCAAUCAAUUAUAGCUCAGAUGGCUAUUGAAAUUCAAGAAAGACAUGCUGUAGUGCAAGGCAUACCUCUUGUCCAAGUUUCAGACAGACAUUUUUGGUUCGGCAAGCCAACUCUAAUUCUUCAUCUUGUCCAUCUCACCCUCUUUCAGAAUGCUUUCGAGAUCACGUAUUUCCUUUGGAUAACGUAUGAAUUUGGGCUCUAUUCCUGUUUUCACGAUAGUUUUUUCCUCGCCGUCUUGAGAGUUGCUAUCGGGGUAGGUGUUCAGAUUUUGUGCAGCUACAUUACACUUCCACUGUAUGCACUAGUUACCCAGAUGGGAUCAACCAUGAAGAGAUCUAUAUUUGAUGACCAAACUUCCAAGGCACUGAUGAAUUGGCAUAAGAAUGCAAAAAAUAAGAAGAAACCUACAAAGCCCGGACCAGUUGAAACACGAAAAUUAGGGAGUCCAAGGGAGUCACCUGAAACUUCCCCGAGUACCAGAGCUGGUCAUCGAUCAAGAAUAGAAAUGUCUAAUGCAGAGCCAUCGUCCUCUAGUCAGACCGCUAACAUCGUUGCUAGCGUGGACAUUCCAGAGGAAAUAGAUGGCAGGCCACGGCCCGCGAACCCUGACCUACUUACAGGUCCUUGAUUGAGACAACAAUGAGCAGAGAUAACUCACGUCACAUAGAAAGGGAAAAAAGGGAACAAACACUGAUGUUGAAAUGCUAUAACUUGGCCUGGAUAUUGGCUGUUACCCUGCUUGGCACAGCGUUGCAGAAAAACUAGCAUUUUGUUCCAAAUUCCAGUUUGAUGCUCAAUUUUGUAAACUCCAUUUGUACUAUUAUUAUUACAAGAGAAGUGAAUGUAUGCUUGUGUAAUGAAGGCUAUAAAACCACGUUACACUUGAAAGUGCCUAAUUAUACACAUUUGGAGUAUUGAAUCU